AUGGAUUUGAAGGAUCAGGUAAUUCGCUGCAAGGCAAAAUGUUUAAGUACUGCUAACUCCUUUGCUCUGAGCUUUGUCUAUGGGUUUAAUUCAAUCUUGGCCAGAAGAGGAUUAUGGAUGGACCUCACUAGAUUCAGCCAUACUCAUGACCCCUGGUUGGUUCUGGGUGACUUCAACUGUGUCAUGUCUUCAGAAGAAAAACAGAAUGGUGUUCCUGCCACUGCCUACGAGGUAAAGGAUAUCAAUGACUGUUUUAUGGAAGCUAGUCUAAUGGACCUCAACUACACCGGGUUCCACUUUACCUGGUCAAAUGGAAACGUUUGGUGUAAACUGGAUAGGGCCGUGGUGAAUCACAAUUGGAGUAAUGCAGGCUUUAUCACCCACACUGAAUUUCAGUUUCCUGGUGUCUACUCAGACCACUCCCCGUGUAUUGUAACUCUCUUUGAGGAAAUCAACUCUGGAAGAAGGCCAUUCAAAUUUUUCAACAUGUGGGUGAACCAUGAUAAUUUUUUGGAGGUAAUUAAGAAGGGUUGGGUGCUGAAUGUUCAGGGAUAUGCCCAAUACAGAUUUUUGGAAAAGUUGAAAGGACUGAAACAACCUCUUAGGAACCUAAAUUCUUUACACUUCUCUCAUAUCACUAGUAGAGCUGAAAAGGCCAUGGAGGAAGUUGUAAAGACCCAACAGUUGCUUCACGACUCUCCUGGGAAUCUGGAAAUUCAAAGAAAAUUAAAGGAAAACAAAGGCUUGGCCAACAGACUUGCAGAAGCCAACAGACAGUUCCUGUCCCAGCGGGCUAAAGCAAAAUUCUUAAAGGACAGUGAUAAGGGGACCUCCUAUUUCCAUGCUUUAAUGAGAAGACAAACUCAUAGAAACCACAUCUCUGCUGUAAUGAAAGAAGACGGGGAAAGAACGACUUCCGAGCAGCAAGUGGUAGAGGAAUUUCUUGGUUUUUACAAAAACCUCCUUGGUAAAGAGGAGCAUACAGAAAGCAUUGAUGCUCAGGUUGUUGCUAGGGGCAGACUUAUUAAUGUAACACAAGCUGAUCAAAUGGUUGCUCCAAUCUCUGAGGAAGAAGUCAAAAUGCUCUAUUUAGUAUUGGAGAUAAUAAAUCACCGGGUUCAGAUGGUUUUACUGCUUGUUUCUUCAAAAAAACCUGGAACAUAA